AUGUUUGUCGUAGUAGAUUGGAUAACGAAGUACGUUAUAGUGCAACCGAUGAGAGCAGCAGAUUCAGUCCGUAUGGUACGCUUCUUGGAAGAACAGGUGUUUCUAAAGUUUUCACGACCCAGGAUCAUACUUUCCGACAAUGGCAAGCAGUUCGAAUCAGCCGCAUUCAAAUCGUUACUGGCACGCCACAAGAUCAUCAACAUGCGAACUGCGUUCUACUGUCCUCAAGUGAACAACGCCGAACGCAUCAACCGAGUAUUGACCACAUGCAUCCGCUCGCUGAUAGAUGAAGAUCAUCGCUGCUGGGAUGAGAAUCUACCGGCGAUCACCGCAGCAAUCAACAGCGCGAAGCAUGAAGUCACUGGAGUUAGCCCGCACUUCGCGAAUUUUGGUCGUGAUUUGAUUCUACACACUGAUCUCUACGCACAACAACACUUGAACACCGCAGAUGAUCCGAAGAUCACACAGGAUCUACGACUGUCAGGAAUCAAGCGAAUCCAAGAGUUUAUCACGAAGAGGAUCAAGAAAGGUCACGAAGACUCCAAGCAGCGAUACAACUUAAGGAAGCGCACAAUAGAUUUCAAGGUUGGUGAUGUAGUAUGGAGAAGAAAGUUCAACCUGUCAUCGAAAGCAGAUCAUGUCAAUCAAAAGCUGAAUCCGAAGUUCGUGCCAGCAGUUAUUCGAAAUGUGCUAGGUGCGAAUCUGUAUGAGUUAGAAGAUGUCUCGAGCGGGAAACGCGGACGCUAUCACGCGAAAGAUAUCAAAGCAGAUUAA